CCUCUCCUGGUAUUUCAGGGGGAAGCAGUAGGAGGAUGUGACCUCCGCUGGAAGUUUCCCACCCAGCCACUUUCUGCCGUCCUUUUUCCUCGGCUGGUUCAGACAGGAGAGGACGUCGUUCCGGCUUCAGUGACUGCCGUCACUGUUUGUGAUCUUCUCGUCUCUGCUCAUUUUCACACAGCGUCAACUCAACACAAGCCAAGAAUAUUUCUGAUCAGCCUGAUAACUUUUUGGAUCCGCCCUCUUGUUUGUUGUGAUUCUUUUUUUUUAACUAAAAGUUGCUUUCAGCUUUUUCACACUUUCAGCUACUGGAUCCCAGCCCUGUUGUGGUCUAACUGUUCUUUUCCUGUGCCGAGGAUGUUGUUAUCUGUGUUCUUUCUGCAGUUGUGAAGACUGCAGCUGAGGUUCAGCCUUGGCAUAAAGACAGACGUUUGCUGAACUCUUUCUAAAGCUUUGGUUGCUUUUUGAUUGGAGAGCAGUGAGGCUCGUCCUCCUGGAUGUGAAACCUUUAGCCAUGCUGCACCUUCUCCUGCUGCUGCUGGGACUCUGUCUGCGAGCAUCACAGCAAGAACAGCAGGUUUUCCCCCCAGGCCGCUGUGAUGUCCAACAGAGGCUGGAGAAGAAAACCGACUGCACCUCCUGCGCUGCUGCCCUCACGGCUCGCUGUCCUCGUGGCUUUUCACACGCUGGCACCGCCAACUGCAGUUACGAGGUCCAGAUUGGAAACGCCCACAUGGAGCUGCAGGGGUGUCAGCACAUCUGUGCCAAGACGAUCUUACAGCCCCAGUGCUGCCCGGGCUUCUGGGGCCCACUGUGCCUCCCUUGUCCAAGCUGGUCGGGGAAGAUCUGUAACUUCAACGGGGCUUGCAUGGAUGGAGACCUGGGCAACGGCACCUGCAUCUGCAAUGACGGCUUCUCUGGCUUCGCCUGUCAGGAUUGUAACAAUCCCAAAGCCUUCGGGAAAAAGUGUGACCAAGAAUGUGACUGUCAGCGUGGAGUGUGUAACCAAGGCCCAGAAGGUGAUGGGAAGUGUAUGUGUCAGCCACCGUACACUGGGAAGCGCUGUGACGUAGUGAGCAGUAAGUGCAGUGCCUGCAGCCCGUUCUCGUACUGCAAAGGAGAUGGAGUCGAAGCUGCAUGUGAAUGCUUGCCUGGUUACAGAAGGUCCUCACAGAACAAAUGCAUUGCCAUUUGCUCUCAGAGGGAUUGUGACAUCAAUGCAGCUUGCUCUUUACGAGGAUCAAAGAUAACAUGUGUCUGCAAGCCUGGCUUUGAGGGAGACGGCCGGAUCUGCAUACCCAAAAACCCCUGCUUGCAGAACAACGGUGGGUGUCCCAUCAACUCCACCGUCUGUGUCUUCAGAGGACCCAACAAGUCCAGCUGUGAGUGCAUGUCUGGCAUGUCGCCUGUAGGUGGCAGGCCUGAGUCUGGCUGCAAGCUCCUGUCUGCAUGUUCUCCUGACACCUGCGGCCCCACAGCGGUGUGUCAGACUGAACUGGACGGAAAACCCAGAUGUGUCUGUGAGACCACUCAGAUUGGGGAUGGACGCCAUUGCUAUGGCAACCUGAUGGAGCGCCUCUUCGAGCUGGACGCAAGCGGGAGCCAGAGGGGAAACCUGACGGGAGCUGUCGCUUUGUUUGAGGCGGGUUGUGUGCGGCUGCUGAGCCACAGCGGACCCUUCACGGUCUUCGUCCCGGUCCAGAAAACUCCUCUGACAGGUUUAAAUGAGGAGUCUGUGUGUAAAAACCACCUGAUCCUGGGACAGCACCUCUACAGCGAGCUGGAGGGGCGGGACAUCACUCUGUACGGGGGAGGAAGAGUGAGGCUGAAGCCAAACAGGAGGUUCAUCCUCUUGGACAACCCGAGGAAGCAGUACAAUGUGAUCGUCUCAGAUCUUCCAGCAGCAAACGGCGUCAUCCACAUCAUCGAACAGCCAUUCACAAACAUGCUCUUAGACAGGACACUUCGUGAUGAAAAAUUUAUUAGAAAGACGGUGGGAGAGAUCCUGAGAAUGGACGAAAACUACAACCGCUUCCUGUCUUUGGUGGACAACUGCGGGUCGCCGCCGCCUCUGAACGGACCCGGACCCCUCACGGUGUUCGUCCCCACUAACGAGGCUGUGGACCGAGCCCGAGACGGCAGCAUCCUGUACAUGCUGCACCACGCCAAACAUAAACUUCAGGAGCUGCUCAGGAACCACGUGUACUCGCGUGCCGUGCUGACAGUGGACGAGUUGACCUCUCUUCCUCGGGUUCAGACGAUGGCCAAUCAGAUGGUCAGCAUCAGAGUUUCUGACAGUGGGGAGAUUCUGUUGGGGAAGAAUGGCGUACACUUGGCGCGGCCCAACAUUAUGGCGUCCAACGGGGUCAUUCACAUGAUUGACGGGCUGCUGUAUCCGCCCUCCAUCCUUCCCAUCCUGCCCCACCGCUGUGAUGUCAUCCAGAGCAAGGUCACAGUGGGCCCGUGUAUUCACUGUGGAUACCUCAGCAACACCCAGUGUCCACCAGGAAGCACUGAGAUGAGCAGCUACCAGAACGACUGUGAGUACGUCUCCAUCCUGUCUGGCAAACUCAUCAAGGGCUGUGCCAAAUACUGCAACACCACCACGCAGACCGCAGAGUGCUGUCCAGGUUUCUUCGGUCCAGACUGUCAACCUUGCAUUGGAGGGUUUCAGCAUCCGUGCUACGACAAAGGAACAUGCUUCGACGGUAUCCACGGCAACGGCUCCUGCAGCUGUCAUUCGGGCUUCAAGGGAGUGGCCUGCCACAUCUGUUCAGAUCCGUCCAAACACGGAGAGAACUGUGACGAAGACUGCCGCUGCAUCCACGGCGUGUGUGACAACCGCCCCGGCAGCGGCGGCGAAUGCCGGAGGGGAUCCUGUCUGGAGGGAUUCUCGGGGGAAAACUGCGACAAAAAGGCCGCGCCGUGCAACUCUGACGGCCUGCUGCAGCACUGCCACAUCCACGCUUUCUGCAUCCAGGCGGGCCUGGAGACCAGGUGCGUCUGCAACAAUGGCUAUGACGGUGACGGUCACUCUUGUUCUCCCAUCAACCUCUGCCUGAAGAGCAGCAGAGGAGGCUGUGACACCAACGCUGACUGCGUGUAUGCGGGUCCAGGUAACGUGUCCUGUGUGUGCACUGAGGGCUGGACGGGAGAUGGCAGGGUAUGUGUGGAGAUCAACAACUGCAGGGUGGAUGGAGGAGGCUGCAGUCCCGAUGCGUACUGCACCCACAUCGGACCUGGACAGAAUGAGUGUGUUUGCAAAGACGGUUAUGUCGGGAACGGAAAGGAGUGUGAGCUCACCAACCCCUGCACCAAGAAGAACGGAGGCUGCCAUGAACUGGCAAAGUGUGAGCAGAAAGAAGGCGGCCUUCAUACCUGUACCUGUCCUGAUGGUUAUGCUGGUGAUGGAAACAUUUGCUUUGGAUCAUUGUUUAACGAGCUGGACUUGAACUCGGAGCUGUACAGUUUUGCACGUCUAGUAAGGAAGUUCCGUCACUCGUCAGAGGAUCUAAGCCAGAACCUCACAGUGCUGGUUCCAUCUCAAGAAGUUCUGAGGAACAUGAGCUCAGAUGAUAGCCAGUUCUGGACCAGUCGGCACCACCUACCUCACUUCCUGCGGGCCCACUACCUGCUGGGGGUUUACUCUGUGGAGGACCUGGACAGUUUAGUGGGGAGCAGCCUCCCCACCCUGAACCCCGCCAUCCAGUGGGAAGUUAGGAAAAUCAACGGGGUCCUUCAUGUGGGAAACGCCUCCAUCCUCACACACAACCUGCCUGCCAUCAACGGAUACAUCCACAUCGUCAACCAGAUUCUGGCCCCUCCAUCUUCAGACCUCCCGCCUGAACCUCCAACCCUGAUGGCCUUUUUGAACUCCUCCUCCAACUUCACCCUUUUCAGAAAGUAUGCUCUGAUGUACAACAUGUCCGAAGACCUGAAAGACUUUGAUUUUACCGUCCUGCUGCCAACAGACGAGGCCAUCAGAAAGUAUCUGGGUACAACCAACUCCUCUGUUCUGAGCCCAGACGUGUUCCGGUACCACAUCAUCCCCAAAGAGCUGCUCCACCUGGACCACCUUCAUGAUGGCCUGCUGGGCAGCACUCUGCUUGGAGCGGACUACCAGGUCCAGUUCCACCUCAACGACAGGAAUCAGACUUCUGUGAACGGCGUGCCUCUCGAUAGCGGCGACUUUGAGACGCAGUUCGGUGUCGUCAUCGUUCUUCAGCAAGUCCUCCAAAUCAGUCGCAACAGAUGCAGCCAACAGGUCGCCCUGCAAGUCAGCGGGCGGUGCUCCGACUGCGACGGCGCUCCGCGAUGCCUCUUCAGCUACACGCCAAUCAGACCACAGUUUCCAGCAAACAUGAAGUCCAACUGCAGGUUCAGGAAGAGGAUCGGAUCCAGGAGGAAGUUUGUCCCGGGAUGUGUCAUGAAAUGUCUGCGCUUCACCACGGAUCACUCUUGCUGCCCUGGUUACUAUGGUCACGAGUGCUUCAAAUGCCCCGGAGACAUCGGCAGCGUGUGCUCCAAUCAUGGGAAGUGUCUGGAUGGUAUCCAUGGCAACGGGGAGUGCCAGUGCUUGGAGGGUUUCCAUGGCACGGCGUGUGAGGACUGUGAGCCUGGACGCUAUGGACUCAACUGCUCCUCCAAAUGUGUGUGCGCUAACGGGAAGUGUGACGACGGGUUGGCGGGAAGCGGCAGGUGUAUCUGCCAUAAAGGUUGGAAAGGAACCUCCUGUUCUGUAGAGAUUAAGGACGACGCCUGUGGAGGGGGGUGUGACGACAACGCCAACUGCGUCACCGGGCCGAAGGGGACGGCGGCGGUCUGCGUCUGUGUAGCCGGCUAUGAGGGAAAUGGGACUCACUGCAAAGAGAUGGACCUGUGCAGCAGGUCCAACGGUGGAUGUUCAGAGUUCGCCGUCUGUACCAAGGUGUCCGCCGGAGAGAGGACCUGCUCCUGUAAGGAGGGCUACACGGGAGACGGAGUCGUUUGUCUCGAGAUUGACGGCUGUCUGCUGAACAACGGAGGCUGCCACAAGGCAGCGGACUGCACCAGAACCGGCCCCAACAAGACGGCCUGCACGUGUCAGAUGGGUUUCCAAGGAUCAGGAAAGUUCUGUUAUCCCGUCAAUCCCUGCACUAUUAAAAAUGGCGGCUGCAGCAAAUAUGCCUUCUGUGAGUACCGUGGGCAGGGACAGAGGAACUGCAGCUGCCUGAGAGGCAACAUCGGGGACGGCUUUGACUGCAGGGGGACCAUAAUCAGUGAGGUGUACCGACAGUCCGAGAACGCCAUCUUUCUGCAAAUGUUAAAGACGAUCAACUCCAACAGCGUUCUCAGUAAAGGACCUCAGACCGUCUUCGUUCCUCUGGAGGAGACCAACAAAAACAUCACUGCAAAACUUAAUAAAUGGAAAGAUUUGGGACGCAUUCAAGAUCUGGUUUACCAUCACAUCAUCUCCUGUGAGAGUCUGUCUCUGAGUGAUCUGAAAACCACGGAGAGAGCUGUCGCAGUGUCCGGACAGACGCUGCAGUUCAGCCUGCAGGAGGGUUCUGUCUGGAUCAAUAACCGGUCCAGGAUCGUAAAGAGCGAUUACACCACAACCAGUGGAGUUAUUCACCACAUCGACACCCUGCUGACGCCCUACAGCCUGGAGGACAAACCACCGAACCGGGUCACGGAGAUGAACUUCACAACUGCAGCAGUGUUUUAUGGUUACACUCGUUUCUACAAACUCAUCGAGGAUGCAGAUCUGCUCCCGGUGCUCCAGAUGUCCACCAACCAACCCUUCACCGUGUUCUGGCCGACCGACCGGGCCCUGGCCGCCCUGCCAGCGGAGCGGCAGCAGUGGCUCUCCAGCCACGAUCAUCUGGAGCAGCUGGCAGCAACGGUGAAGGCCCACAUCGUUCUCUCCAAGUUGACCGGCAUCAGCCAGCCGACGAAGUCCUCCUCCUUCAGGACCAUGCACGGAUCCACCAUCAAGUUCAGCUGCGACAAGAAGCUGGUGGGCUCGGUGAUGAUCAAUGAAAACUCCGCCAAGCUAGUGGAGCGCCAUCUGACCUUCAAAGAGGGCGUGGCCUACGGCAUCGACCAGCUGCUGGAGCCGCCUGGACUGGGAGCGUUCUGCGACAUGGCGAUGAACAAAACCACCUACGGGAGAUGUGGAAACUGUCUUUAUCCUCCGUCCUGUCCCCUCACACACCUUUACACGGGUGUUAACGAGCGCUGUCGAAGGUACAAGUCCCCGUUCAGGAAGUCCUACUCUGGCUGGUACGGAGACCUGGACGGUCGUCUUGGACAGUCUGGCUGCAGGAGGGUUUGUCAGUAUAGUCCCUGGGUACCAAAGUGCUGCAAAAACCACUACGGCAGAGACUGUCAGGUCUGUCCAGGCGGUCUGGAAGCUCCGUGCAGCAACCACGGCUCAUGCAGAGACGGUCAUACGGGCUCUGGGACCUGUAAGUGUGACGGAGGAUUCAAGGGAAAGGCCUGCGAGUCGUGCAUGGCUGGUUACUACGGCGCCAACUGUACAGCCUGCAGCUGUGAGAAGCAGGGGAGGUGUGACGACGGCGUGGAGGGAACCGGGACAUGCGUCUGCUCUGCAGGCUGGGAGGGCGAGCGCUGCCAGAAUAAGUUAGGGUCAAUCCCAAAGGAGUGCCGACAGUGCCACGCUCAGGCCGACUGCGUGCCCGGCACCGGCUGUCAGUGUAAGCCCGGCUUUCAGGGGAACGGAACCUUCUGCAUCCCAGAACCAUCUCCUGACCUUUGCUCCGAGUACAACGGCGGCUGCCACCAGGACGCGGACUGUAACCAGACAGGCCUGGUGGUCAACUGCACCUGCCGCGGCGGUUACCAAGGAGACGGCUUCUCCUGUCAGCCCAUCAACAGGUGUGUUGAGGAGCAGAACGGGGGCUGCAGUGAAUUUGCCACCUGCAGAUUUACUGGUCCAAACCAGCGUGAGUGCGAGUGCCUGCAAGGGUACGUGGGAAAUGGAGUCCAGUGUUUGGAAAAAGUGGUUCCCCCUGUGGACCGCUGCCAGGACGAUAACGGAGGCUGUGCCGCCGUGGCGUCCUGCAAGGACCUGCAUUACCACGCCAACACAGCCGGCGUGUUCCACCUGCAGUCUCCUGAGGGGAAGUACAAGAUGAACUUCAGUCAGGCCGACGCCGCUUGCCAGGCUGAGGGCGCCAUUUUAGCCACCUAUAAGCAGCUGGCAGAUGCACAACAGCUGGGGAUGCAUCUGUGUGUUGCGGGAUGGCUCAAAGACCAGAAGGUGGGAUAUGUAACCCAGUUCCCCUCGCCCAAAUGUGGAGACAACCAUGUGGGCGUGGUCCUGUACAAAGACCCAGUGGAUGUGAGCAGCAAGUACGACGCAUACUGCUACCGGGUCCAAGACGUGUCGUGUUCGUGUCCAGACGGUUACACUGGAAAUGGAUUCUUCUGUCACGGCGUCCUGACCAGUGUUCUGUCAACAUACAGCAACUUCUCUUUAUUCUACAAGUUUUUGUUGGACUACAGUAACUCGGCGUCAAGAGGCAGAGAACUCUUCGAGGUUUUAGCUCGCAGGACGUCGGAGGUCACGCUGUUUGUCCCUCAUGAUGCCGGCUUCGCAGACAACCAGAUCCUGUCUGGAAGUGAUCUGGAAUAUCACAUCUCGACUGACCACAGCAGGCGACUCUUCAAGGAUCUGAUGCACCAAGACGUCAUUAAAUCGAGGCUGGGGUCCAACCUGGUCGUCACUCAGGGCAAAAAUGAGAGCUCUAAGAUGGUGAACCAGCGUCUGCUGCUGCAGUGGGACGUUCCUGCAGUGAACGGGAUCAUCCACGUCAUCCAGGCGCCGUUAACCGCUCCCGCCGCACCGGGGAGCCACGGUUCUUCCCCAGGAAAAGGACACUCCAGCAAAGUGUCGGCCAUCUUGUUGUCACUGUUGCUGCUGUGCGUUUUGGCUGCGCUUGGACACUAUAUCUUCAAGCACAAAACAGAUGCCUUCCAAUUCCACUACUUCAAAAACGAGGAUGAAGAUGCUACCAACAAACCCGCGCUGGUGUCCAUCCCUAACCCUCUGUACAGCGGCUCCAGCGCCCUCAGCGAGCCGUUCGGGGAUCCUGGAGAACGAGCAGAACCGCCGGAGCGUGAAGAACGCCAGCCGGAUGGCGACCAGUGAAAGCCGAUUACUCGACACGGCUUUACUGGACAUGUUCCAUUGUGUUUUUAUGUUAUCCUCAUGAAAUAAAGUUUCCUGUUUGUGAAACAGUGA